AUGGCAGGACAAGCAUUUAGGAAGUUUCUUCUCCUCUUUGGUAGAAUAUUAGCUGACAGGCAUGCAGCUGAAACUGUAACCAAAGGAGACACUAUGCUUCUAGAAAAACCUCAAGGGAAAAUAUUGCAAGCAAUAGUGUUAGAGGUAGGAUCAAUUUUAAAGGAUGGAGAGAUUCCACCAGUUGGAAUGAAAGUUGGAGAUAAAGUUCUUCUCCCAGAAUAUGGAAGCACCAAAGCAGUUCUAGACGACAAGGAUUUUUUUCUAUUUACAGAUGCCGCCAUUCUUGGAAAUUAUGUGGACCAAACUCAGGAUUGA